AGGGUUAUCAAAUAUACAGUUAUCAAAUAUCCAGUAUCUUCGUCGUCGUGGAUUUAGCUUUGUUCUCUAUAAACCCACGCAUCGUUCUGCUCUACCUCUUUAACGCCGCACAGCCACCCCAUUUCCGUCGUUGCCGUCGUCGUCUCUCUUCUCUCCUUCGUCGAUUCUACGUUGGAUCCCCCUCGUCUAUCCUCUCUCCUUCUCCUCAGCUCGCCGCUACCAUCCUUGAGGUAGCAAGACUAACUUUGUUGAUAACCUGCAAAGUUGAUCUAAUUAAUCAAAUAAUCUUGGCUUUUGCUGCAUUGUUGGAGCAGAGGGAUACAGACUGAUCAAGAAGCUGCUGCACUUGCUUUCUCUUGAAUUAGUGUUUACACGCCAAGAGAAUUAUGGCGGCUUUGAAGGAGCUUCUUCCUCCAGCAAAAUCAUCGUCAACAACUUACUAUGAUCACAGUAACGAUCCAUGGUUCAAGCAGAGAUUCUCCUCUUCAUCCAAGGAGGAAAAAGCCGCAGCCAUCAAGCACAAGCCAGUGCCGCCUUAUAUGAAGCGUGCCGGUUUUGUUCCUCGCAAGGUGGAGGAUUUUGGGGAUGGUGGUGCCUUUCCUGAGAUCCAUGUUGCUCAGUACCCACUUGACAUGGGAAGGAAUAAGUCCUCAAAACCAGGUUCAAAGAUCCUUCCGGUAACAGUUGAUGCUCAUGGGAAUGUUGCAUAUGAUGCAAUAGUGAAGCAGAAUGAGAAUGCUAAGAAGAUUGUGUACACACAACAGAAGGAUCUGAUACCAAAGAUUUUGAAGAAUGAUGAGGACAGUGACAUGGAAGAUGAUGAGGAUGAGCAAAAUGAGAUUGAGGAGACAACUCAGGAGACUAAGGCUGCACUUGAGAAGAUAGUUAAUGUGAGAUUGAGUGCAGCACAGCCAAAAAAUGUUCCCAAGCAGUCAUCUGAUACAAAGUAUAUUAAGUAUAAGCCUUCACAGCAGAAUGCGGCUUUCAAUUCUGGGGCGAAAGAAAGGGUUAUUAGGAUGGUUGAGAUGCCAGUUGAUCCACUUGAGCCUCCAAAGUUCAAGCAUAAGCGUGUCCCCAAGGCAUCUGGCUCCCCUCCAGUGCCUGUGAUGCAUUCGCCACCGAGGCCAGUUACUGUGAAAGACCAGCAGGAUUGGAAGAUACCUCCUUGUAUUUCUAAUUGGAAGAAUCCAAAAGGUUAUACUAUCCCUCUUGACAAGCGUCUUGCAGCUGAUGGGAGAGGUCUUCAGGAUGUUCAGAUCAAUGAUAAUUUUGCAAAGCUUUCAGAGGCAUUAUAUGUUGCAGAGCAGAAGGCUAGAGAAGCAGUUGCAAUGAGGUCCAAGGUUCAGAAGGAGAUGCUUCUAAAGGAGAAGGAAAGGAAAGAACAGGAGCUGAGGGCUUUGGCCCAGAAAGCACGUUCAGAGAGAACUGGUGUAGCCCCUCCAGCUGCCAUUCCUGUUCCAUCUGAGAGGAGCGCCAUGGAUGAUGCUGACAUGGCAGAUGAUUAUGAGCAACCACGUGAACGCGAAAGAGGUGAAAGGGAGAAGAACUAUCCAAAGGAGUCAAGGGAGGAAAGGGAGGAGCGGCUGCAUAGGGAAAAAAUCCGUGAGGAACGGCGAAGAGAAAGGGAAAGGGAGAGACGAUUAGAGGCUAAGGAUGCUGCUAUGGGAAAGAAAAGCAAGAUCACAAGAGACAGGGAUCGUGAUAUAAGUGAGAAAGUUGCUCUUGGUAUGGCCUCUACCAAGGCGGGUACUGAGGUCAUGUAUGAUGAGAGGCUAUUCAACCAGGAAAAAGGAAUAUCAUCUGGGUUUGCCACUGAUGAUCAGUACAAUGUUUAUGACAAAGGCUUGUUCACUGCACAGCCAACACUCUCAACCCUCUAUAGGCCAAAGAAGGAUGUUGAUAAUGAGACUUAUGGUGGUGCAGAUGAGCAGUUAGAGAAGAUUAGGAAGACGGAUCGAUUCAAGCCUGAUAGAGGAUUUGCGGGGACUUCUGAAAGGUCUGGACCCAGGGACAGGCCUCUUGAAUUUGAGAAUCAAGAUGAAGCUGAUCCAUUUGGUCUGGAUCAGUUCUUGACAGACGUCAAGAGUGGUAAGAAAGCAAUGGAAAAUGUUGGUAGUGGAGGAACAAUGAGAGCAAGUGCCGGAUCUUCAAUGCGGGAUGGUUAUGAGGGAGGUUCUGGUAGGACUCGCAUUGGAUUCGAAAGAGGCCACUAAGUAGAUUAUUAUCAAAAGAUGUCAAUUUCUAAUGGCUGGUCAGUUCACUCCUACAUAUUCCAACUGGUGGUUGAGGUUGUGUUAGAACUUGGAAUUUUCUUGACACCCCCUAGUUGGGGGAAUAAAAUGUCUCUGUACUCUGGUUCUAAAAUGUUUAUGGCUUUUGAUUGAGUUAUAUACUUAUAUGUCGAAUGAAAUCAUGAAUUGGAAUGUUUUAAAGUA